UUGUGUUGGAUGCAGUACACAAUGUUAAUCAAAUUACUAGUCGGAAUCACUCGAACUGCUGUCGCUGGACGACGACCCACUAGAGGAGCUGCCACUCGACGACGACCCCGAGCUGCUACUGCUACUGCUGCUGCUGCUACUAUCGGACGAAGAUCCAUCCUGGUGGCGCGCGGACGGCGCGGCCAUGAGCAGCUUUGGCGCGUUCUUCAGGUGCUCGCGGAGGUCCGUGGUGAGUCCGCCGAGUCCAAUGGACGUGAAAAAGUUGAUGGCAAAUCGCGUGUUGCGCGGGUUGUCCUUGGGAAACAGCCCGGCAAACGUCGUCGCCAUAAACUCGUCUAGGAAGCGCAGCUUGAGCUUCUGCACGCCCAAGUGUUCCGACAGCUCCUGGACCAGAAUCUUGAUGAAGAUACGGCUGGACGACGUCGUUUCUUGUUCGUUCAGGCGGAUGUACUCAAACACGGUCCACGGCAGCGCAUCCGAGAAGAGCAGGUGCGCAAAGAACUUGGCCACGUUGCGCAGCUUGUUGGUUUCUAACCGGUGGAUCGUCGCAUACUGGUUGGCAAAGCUAUCGUCAAACGCGGCCUGGUACUCGCGCUGGACGAGGCAGAACCGCUGCCCGAGCAGGCCAUAGUACCGCAAGUACGUCCGCUCUUGGGCGCAGCAGUCGAUGAGCAUGGCGCAGAUCUCGGGCUCUUGGCCUGGACGGAUGUUCAACCGCAAUAGCUUGUGUGCACAUUCUUCGUGGGAUACGCUCGACAUGAUGGUCAGGUAGAUUGUGCGGCGCAGGUUGACGAGAUCUUGUUCGCUAAAGUCGUGAAUCACCACACUCUUGGCAUUGGUACUUGGCUGCUCAUCCUCGCUGUCCGAGUCGUCGCCGCCGCUCUCGUCGUCGCCGUCGCCGCCGCUCUCGUCGUCGCUGUCUUCGCCAAGCAACUCCUUCUUGAUCUCGCCCCACAUCUUUUCGUUCUUGGCAAACUCCAAGUCGAACCGGAACACGUCGAGCUUGUCUUCAACGUCCACGUCGUCUUCAAGCCCGAGCUCGUGAGUGAUCUGGUCGUUCGAGUCGACCAAAUCGAGGGCUUCGUGCACGCUCGGGUAGUCGGCAAAGCCGCCCUUUCGAAUCGCAAACAGCCCUUCGAUCGUAUACUGCACGCGCUUGUCGAUCUCGCCUUCGUGGAGGAUGCCGCGGAACCGCUCAAAGAUGCCGCGCAUGCCUUCGGGACACACCUCCGACAUCAUGGCGCCGCACUCCUUGGUAAAGUUCACCGCCACCUCCACCGAGUCGUCCGUGGGGUUUUUGAUGAGCAGCCACAGCACCUGCAGUGCCAGGAGCUCGUGCACCACUUGCUGGUUAACCAAGUGCGCAAUGAACCGAACGAGCGCGAUGGCCACGACCUUGUCCCCGCGCUUGAACGACCGGCGGAAGCGGUGGACCACGCGCUUGACCAGCAGCUCGCCGUUCUCGGGAAGCUUGGUGUUGAUCACGGCAACCAGUGCCGCGUAGAUGUGCGUGAACCCUGGCGACGCCAGCUGCGCCUUCAUGAUCGAACGCACAAGCAGACCGCGACCGCGCACGAGGUUCUCCUGGAACAGCUCCGGGAGGAUGUUGGCGAUGUUGGACACGUUCACCUUGUUGAUGUGCCCGUUGAUGCUCUUCCGCAACGCAUCCCACGUCGUGCGCUGGUACUCCUGCGACGUCUUGUCCUCAAUCUCGGAUUUCAUCUGCGCCAACUUGAACGGCGGAAUGUACACCCCACCAGUGCGUCCGCUGCGGGUAUCCUGUGUCAAGAUGUUGACGGUCUUGCUUUUGGUCGGUUGGUCUUGGGACGGCGUGUCGUUCUCCUUGUUGUCGCGCUUCCCAUCGUUGGGGGAAGCACCUGUCGCUUUCACGACGACGGGAGAGCGCGGCGACCGGCGCCGACGAUCAUUGUCGUCGUCUCGACGCCGCUCCCCUCGAUGAUUCCGACCUCUGUCGCUGCUACGAUCUCGUGUCCGAGGUCGCUUUGGGGAAUUGGAUCGGCUGCUCCGUCGACGGCGAUCGCGUGGUCUCGACUCGCUUCUCCGCGAAGAAGGCCGAUCGCCUGUGCGGCGCUGGGGUGAUGGACUCCGUCGACGUCGGGAUGGACUGCGGCUAGAACCUGACGACGACGACGACGACGACGAUCGCGAAUGCUUCCGUGGACCCAUGACGUUUCUGCGGUCACCAGCAACUUUGAACCAGUGACAAGGACUCCACUAGGUUCGAAAUGUGGAGCUUUACCGGAUAUAUCCGGUUCAAAAACCGGGUAUUGGGAGUGUACACCGGGUAUUUGGAAGAUUUUUCGGGUGUAAAACACCAAGCACACCGGCCAUAUAAAAUCGAAGAACAACAGGUACCAUGACGACCGCUGCCCGACCAACGUGGAAUGCCGCCGUGGGCCAGAAGAACGAGGGCGGAUGGAACUCUGGCGGACAAGUGAGCAUGCAAUUCUCUGCACGUGACUUGCCGGGCCACAAGAAGCUCAAGACGCGGCAGUUGGGACAAGGCACUGUCGACGAACUCGAGCUGCGCGACCUCAAGAGUGAGUUGACCGACCGCGAACGCAAGUACCUCGAGGAAAAGGGCAAGGUCGUGGAUGUAGCACAGCAGAAGAUCCUUCGCUUGAAGGAGAACAAGAUGCUGCUGCUGAAGGGAGACGAGUGGGAGGAUCGGGCGAAGGAGGUCCAGACUCAGUACGACGACGCUGACGACGACACGCGGCAGAACGACAGCGACGACGAUUCCGACUCGGACGACGAUUCUGAAGACGAGGAAGAGGAACUCAUGCGGGAACUGGAGAAGAUCAAGAAGGAGCGGGAGGAAGAGCGGCUGAAGAAGGAAGCCGCGGACCGCGAAGCCGAAGAGAGUCUUCGGAAGGAGGAGAUCCUGCUGGGCAACCCAUUGACGUCCCGCCAAAGCAGCAACCCGUCGGGCAGCGCCACGAUCAAGCGCAAGUGGAACGACGACGUCGUGUUCAAGAACCAGACGCGCAACGAACCCGAGACGAAGAAGCGGUUCAUCAACGACACGAUCCGCAACGACUUCCACCGCCGGUUCCUGAAAACGUACAUUCAAUAGUAUAUGCAACACGAAUAUACUUGAUACAUACCUCCA